AUGUCAGAUAAGAAAACGAUCUGGAUUAAAAUUCACAGGCUUUAUCUAACAGAAAAUGGUCCUGGUGGAAGUGAAAUAAAUAAAAUAGAGAUUAAUGAAGAUGAAAGUAGUAAUGAUAUCAGAAAUAAAAUAAUAUCUACAUUUGUACUUGAUAAUAGUCUAAUUCUAAAGGUUAGAAAUGAAAGAAAUUCCAUGGUACCAAUAAAUAAAAGAUUACAAGCCAAUUCACAUCAAAGUCCUUAUAUAUUAGAAGUUGUGAAGAGGCAUCAAAGUGUAAAUCCUUUAUCAAGAUCUGUGAAAUUAGAUAGUUAUAAUGAAACAAUGAAGUUAAAGUUAAUAGAUAUUAUUACUAGAAUGGAGAAAUUAGAAAGUGCUUGUCCAACCUUAAAAUCAAAAAGAGAAGAUAAAAUACAUACAGAAUUAAAAGAUAUUGAUAGAAAAUUGAAUUUCCUAAAUAAAAGACUGUCAGAAGCUGAUGAUGCCAGCUGCAGCGGUAAACAAUAUAUUGAUCAAUAUUCAAGAAAUACUAUCAUUAAAGAAACAUUCGUCUCCAAUCUAACUAAGACCCUCUUUACCUGCAAUGGUCUUGGCUCUAGCACAUAA